GGAAAAAAAAAAGGAAGCGGCGGUGCACUCUCUGCUGCGCGCUCCCGGUAGCACUUCGGUCCUGCACUUCACCGUCCCGUCGACUGAUCCCGAGCAUCCUGCAAGAUGACCAUCAACACCCUGGCCAAGGGAGGCUGGCACCGGGAUCAGAUGGCCUGCUUUCGAAAGAUGGAGAAAGUGAUUGUGGCCAUGCAGGACCCUGACAUGGGCAUGAAGAUGAGAAACCAGAGGCUCCUGAUCACUGUCAUUCCACAUGCAAUGACAGGCCGUGAUGUAAUUGAUUGGUUGAUCCAGAAAUACAACAUCUGUGAGGAGGAGUCUUUGCACCUUGGAGGUUUGCUGGUGAGAUACGGGUACAUUUACCCUCUCAAGGAGCCAAGAUCCCUUGUGUUACGUGCCGAUGAGUCGCCGUACCGUUUCCAGACUCCUUACUUCUGGACUAGCACCCGAUGGCCUGCCACAGAACUCGACUAUGCAAUCUAUUUGGCGAAAAAGAACAUAAGGAAACAAGGAGAGCUGAUGGAAUAUGAAAAGAUGAGGUACAGUGUGCUGCACAAGAGGAUCAACCACACCUGGGACUUUGUGGUGAUGCAAGCAAGAGAGCAACUCAGAGCAUCCAAGCAGAGGCGGAAGGCCGACCGCAUUGUUCUAGAAUGUCAGGAGCAGUCUUACUGGCUCAUCAACAGACCCCCGCCCGGGACACAUAAUAUAUUGGACAUGGGUCUAGAGAGACCAAAUGACUUCAGCACACGAGUUACGCUGAACAGUGACUACUACAAAAGAGAGAUCGAAUCCUGUAGAAGGGCCCUCGGAAGAAACCGUAUAAAGUCAUCCAUCUGCCUAGAGGGUUUUGUGAAAUACAGCGAGCAGUACCAGACCCACGAUCCCAUAAUGCAAGGAUGCCUUCCCAGUAACCCCUGGAUUUCUGAUGACAGUGCACACUGGUCGAUAAACGCAGGAAUGGUGCCUACCCCGACACGUCUCCGAGUGGAGCGCUGGAGCUUCAGCUUCAUGGAGCUUCUGAAUGAUGCCAUGGGGCGGCGGGAGUUUAUGACCUAUCUGGAGAAAGAGUUCAGUGCGGAGAACCUGUGUUUCUGGCAGGCCUGCGAGGACAUCAGACACGGAGAGAGCUCCAGGAUCAUAGAGAAAGUGGAGGAGGCGUACAGAAACUUCCUGGCUCCCGGAGCGGCCCGCUGGGUCAACAUCGACAGUAAGACCAUGGAUAAAACUCUGCAGGGGAUCAAACACCCACAUCGUUUUGUUAUGGAUGACGCACAGAUGCACAUCUACUUCCUCAUGAAAAAGGACUCCUUCCCGAGAUAUCUCAAGUCUGACCUAUACAAGAACAUGCUGGCCAAAGCUAUUGUCCCCCAGGAGACCAAGAAGAGCGUGUUCCCCUUCAUGAGACGCCAGCGCCACUCUAGCCCGUCCCCUGCUCAGGCUGUCACCCAGACGUCAGAGACAGACGGGGCCAAGGGGGCCGGGCAAGCAGGUACCAACUCUACAGCCAGCUCCAAUGUCUGAUACCAGGCCCCCCAAAAAAACGGUGUCAGACUCAAUCACCUUCCGUCUCCAUUGUCUCUGUUGGUCACCAUAGUAACCAUCCAAGAAGUCCUCUUAGCUUAAUGUUUCAUCUCAAACUGAGAUAAAGCGUUAUUAUUUUUUCUUUCAGAACUGCAACAUUGUCAGUGUUAGGAUCACAGCAUACAACAGAGCACAGGCGUAUCAUACCAUAGCAGCUUCACAUCUUAUUCACGAGCAGUGGACAGCAGGGAAAAGAGCUUUUAGUGCCACUGUUCAACUCUGUACUGCCGCAUAUUCACCCUGCACCUUCAUCACACCUCUACAGGGGAGGAAUAGGGUCGGACAGAAGAAAUAACAUGAGAAGAGCAGGAUUUUCUUUCCUUUUGCAUUUCGAAAAAUAAAGUCAAACUCAAUCAGAGGAUGAUUCUUUUGUAUUUCUUAGAUAAAGUCGGAAUGUCAAGAAUAAAAUCGAAAUGUCGAGACUAAAGUUAAAUGUUUAAAAUUAGGUUGAACUGAAUUAGAGGAAGAUAUCUUUUUGCUUUUGAGGAUAAAGUCGGCGAAUAAAGUUGAAAUCAGAAAUUAGAGGGCAAUUUUUCUUUUGUUUUUUGAGAGUAAAGCUGAAACACUGCCAAAGUCAAACGAAAUCAGGGGAUUGUAUUUUGUAUUGUUCUUUGUGAAAAAAAAGUCAGAAUGCUAAGACUCAAGCUGAAGUGUUGAGAUAAAGUUGAAAUGUCAAGACUCCAUCUUUCCAAGCUUGUGUGGUUUUCACCUUCUGAACAGAUGCAGUUUUAAAUUUUUAACUUCACAAAUUCAUCUCCACAAGGUGUUUUGUGCAGGGAGUCACAUGUGCUACCAUAAGUAGUUUGAUCUUGAAAUUUCACAUAUAUUCUUGAUAUUGCUACUUUAUUCUAAAAUGCAAAAUUUUACAAGUUGAUUGUUCAACUUAUUACUUGAAAAAAAAAAAAAAACACUUCCUUUUGUUUCUCAUGCCUGGCUCUAACACUCUUCUGUACAUCUCAGUCCAGAAAGUCUGCCUGUUGUUAUUGAGAUUAACUCCUGAUACAAAGCCUUCCUCUCUCCCUCAGUAGCUUUUCGAAACUGUAGAAUCUUCUGUCUCUCACAAGCAGUUCCAGGUGGGGUUGUGGUUAUAUAAAAUAGUGAUUUAUUAUAUGUAUUUAGUCAGAAACUGGCCUCAGCAUGUCUGUGAUUAUCGUACUUUCGACUUGUUUUCUUCAUUUCAUGCUGGAGCUUCACGUUGUGAUCGUUGUUGCUGUUCAUUUUGCUCGAGCAUGUUUUCAUCCCAAUAAAAUGUCAAGACAG